AUGGAUGACGGAGAAUGCAGCGAUGCGGAAGUGGAUGAGGAGGAGCUGAACAGCUUCUUAAUGGGAGAUGUGCUCGCGGGAUCAAAUCACAGACACAGACCAAAGCUGUCUUUUGCUGACAAGCACAUCCGCAAGCUUAUGCGUCGGAACAGACGUAGUGUUACAAAGGUCAUCGCAGCACAGCGUAAGAAACGAAAACGGAAGACGGCGGCUCAUGCAUCCAAACUUACUCCACAGCUAGAGAAAUUGAUGCAGGAUGCAAUGACACAGUACCUUGGUGGAAAUUUUGACGAUGCCAUAAAGAUACUUAAAGAAGUAGUAAGGCGUGCUCCCGGACUACAUGAUCCAUUUCACAUGCUUGGCCUCAUAUACCAGGAAGAAUAUGGAGACCUCGUCACAGCAACGGGAUAUUAUCUGCUCGCCGCGCAUCUUGUACAAACCGAUCUUGAACUUUGGCGCAGGAUCGGAGAAAUGUCACAAGAUAUCGGAAAUAUUGAUCAGGCUAUAUAUUGUUUUAAAAAAUGUCUUAAAACGAACGACGGAGAACCUAACGAAGAGGCACACUUUGCCUUGGCAAUGUGUUAUCUGGAAAAACAAGACCACCAUAACGCAAUUAAAAGGUUACAUUUCCUUUACGAAUUGCACCCUGACGACGCAUUACUCCUGAACGAACUGUCUAAAUCCCUUGUAGUCGUUGGCGACAAGGAGACACUUCUAUCCGUGCUAUUGAUGUAUUAUGGGAAAACUGGCGAUUUGGAUGCCGCAAAACGUGCCUGCCAGAUUCAUAUCUCGUUGUGUCAAUACGAGGAGUGCAUAAACUUUGUCAAAACUGUGGCAUCCAAUCAAAAGAUAAAGUUAAGCAAAUUGCCAAUCAGCAUGCUUGUGUCGUAUACCGUUGCUGCCCUUUACACAGAUGCAUAUCCCAAAGAAGAGCUGGACGCCAUAUGGUUUGCAGAACAAGUCGAACCGAAUAUGAUCUACUGUGUUGCUAUGGCACUUGUUAACCGAUGCCAAGAAACUGCUCUUAAGUGGUUUAAAAGGGGCUACGACGAAAACGACACCAAAACCAUAGAUGCGUUGUUGCCUGAACAAGCUAUUCAAAUGGCCAAAUCUUUGAUUAUCGUGGAUAAGGAUAGGGCUGGAGCGGAACUCGUCCUACAAAAAAUUUUGAUGCGUGAACCUGCCAACUCACAAGUCAUCAUACUACUGGCGGACAUCCUAGGGCAGGCAGGGAAGCACUCAAAAGCCGACGAGCUGCUGGCAAGACUGACAACAUCGGACCUAGACCGCCUGAAAAUGAUACAAAAGCCUAUUGGAGAGGAGGAACGUAGUAAUGAGCUCCGCGAUCUUGAAGCUACAGCACACCAUACGCUUCAUGCAUGUUUUUCUGAAGUAAAGUUCAGACCAAGGCCCUGCCUCCUAGCUCAAACACAUCACGACCGGAAUACAAUGGCAUUCACAUCAGUCGUUGAACAAACUAAUUUAUGGAUCAACAGGUUUCUUCGGGUUGUCAGCGACUGCGAAUUGGAUACUGAACGAACAUAUCAGAAGUUAAUCAAUUCCCGUGCGAUGAAAUCGCACCAUGACGAGCUUACAGCUACGGAGCACGGAGAUGUGCGGAGAGAGUCAGGGAAGAACUACUCAUUUUUGAGGACAAAGAAAGAAUUGGGACUUUUGUCCGUUGAAGACAUCUUAGGGUGGAAAAGGUACGAGAAAUUACUGGUGGACGCUACAGCUCUAAUGGCUACGGUCGGCCGCGCUAGAGAAGGUGUCCAACUUUUGGAGAUCAUAGCAACUAACAAGAAGCGGUACAAAUCGAACGCGUAUGUCUCAGAACGUAAACAGCUUGUGGCAACGGUAGAGGAACUCUCAUAUAGGCUCAGUUGUUUCGGUAGCAUCUUCAAGAUGGCGUUGGUCCACGCAAGAAGCGAAUUAGCAAGCAGGGGUAGUCUUAAGAAAUAUGCUACACUGCUUGGAUCUGGCAACCUUGCAAAGGCGGCGUUCACUUCUCUUUCAUCAUCGGCAGAAAAGGACACGCUAUUGGAGAACAGGUCAUGGAUCACCAGGCAGUUGUUGAUUAGGCCUCAAAACUUCGAAUUGUUGAUGUUAGCAGGUCACUUUUGUACGAUGUCUGGAAAUUGGCCCUUCGCAAUCGAAGAAUACAAAAGAGCGCUUAUGCAACGACCAGAAGACCCUGUAGCUGCGCUGUGUUUGGGAACUAGCUACUUCAACGCGCUAAGCAGUAAAGCCGUGGGGGACAGCAAGAAGUAUAUGGUAAUCGGUAUGAGUUUUCUGCAGUACAGUCUUGAGAUGCGUGCAUCACAUACGAAUAGACACCCCUGCCGUGAUAUAUUUACAGCAGAAUCCCUGUACAAUCUGGCUAGGGCAAUGCACUUCCUGAAUCUGCUUCAUAUAGCAAUCCCUCUGUACGAAAAGUGUAUCCAGACAAUUCGAGAUUUUGAAUGCCGCUUCGAGGGCAUAGACAAUGACGAUGUGCUGCCAUGUGCGUGUGUCAUCUGUUAUAUGAGUCGGCGAAACGAUAUGGCAUUCCCGCAUGAGGUCCGUGGGCUCGCGGCAGGUCUGUUUGUUUGGAAGCACGAGCGCCGACGAAUUCUUCGGAAUCAAAUCAGAGGGCUUCGGACGCGGGCGCUCGUUGGAGAGGCUCCAGAGGCCCAUUAUGUCGUCGAAAACCCGAAGACUUCUGCAAAGUGGCCGCCUAUACACGAUCAUGGAGACCCCUUUACAAUCGAAAAGUGCAAAAAAAUCUUAUUUGAUCUUAACGCGUUGGAAAUAGACAGAAUGGUGAAGGCGCGAAAAUUUAAUAUGCCGUCUAUCAACCUCGGUGACCUCAUAGAAGUAAAGUACGAGCUGUCAAGAACGCAACAAACGUUUGCCACCUUUCAGGGUUAUUGUGUGGAGAUCCGCAAUAGGGGAUUGAACUCUUCCUUUACACUGAAAAACGCAUUCGACGGAGUAGGCGUGACCCAAAUGGUGCCGUGCUACUCUCCAAGGCUCAUGAACGUUAAGGUCAUGAAGAGCGUUUCAAGUGCCGUCAAAAUGGCGAAUAGAGUCGCUAAUAUCGCAAAACCUAUUACAAGAGACUACCGAUACAGGUUCCAUCUUAACGUUCGGCACAGGUUUUCCAGGCGCAGUGGUGUGCACAAACCAGGUAUCCGCAGUUUCGAAAGCCGCCUGAAGAACCGGAUUGUUCGACUAAAGAACAGUUAUUAUCAGAUGAGACUAGAGGCGGGGCUACCCGCGUACGUCUGGGGAGGCGCUUACAAUCUCAACACCAGGCGCAGGUCCAGACUUGUUCGAGCUGAGACUAACAGGCGUAUACGGAUAUAUAGCAUGGAUGAGGAGCGCAGCAGAAGAGAAAAGCUGCGCAAACGUCGCCAAAGGUCGAGCUGGGGAGUCUACAAGGUGAGCUCGUGGAAAUACCCGUGA